AUGCAACCCACCGUUGCACUUUUCAUUUUCUUCAGCGCCAUGAGCGCCUCAGCUGCCACACUCAGGCGGCAGGCCAACGACGCCGACUUUGGCAAAUGUACCCCGACAAUGGACUUUCAACUGGGCCGCGCUGGACGCAAGGCGGACCAAGGCACGUUUUUGCCCACUGACCCUCUCGUUGCCAAGGGACAACAGGAUGCGCUGAACCCGAAUAUUAUCACGAACCGAAUAUGCGAUCAGCUCACUAACGUAUGCGAGGCGAACCAAGCCGCAAAGGACAAAUGUAAGCAGGCAAAGGCCCAGCUCUCAACAGCAGGCAUCAAAGAUGCUUCGGCUGCAACAACGUUCAACAGUGCUUUGGGAUUCUGA